GUCGAACGCGGGUUUUCGCUUUUUUCCUUGGAUCUCAUUCCCGUCAUCUGUACAUAACCUUUUUCAUGUAUUUCUAUAUCAUUAGUUGAGGCUCAUUCUUUAUUUCAACCAUCAGAAAAUAAAUCUUUUUUACAGUGUCAGGAGCAAAGCCCUCUACCAACAUGAACACAAACUCCAUUACCUCACAGUCACCUACUUGGCCACCCGACUACAGUGCCUACUCAAAUUCUGAGGAUCAAGAAGUAAUCGAGGCGUUACGCGCAGAAGCCAACAGUAGACGAGCGCCAGAAAGUUAUCGGUCUUUCCUUUCAAAGCUAUCGCAAAAGAUAUCCGGGCUUCAACUCCAAGCUUCGAAUGCAGAAACAGAAACCAAAAUGUAUGAAGAAAAAAUGUACAAGUCAUCCAAAGAACGCGAUGUAUAUGCCGACUAUUUACACACUGCACGCGAAAAUUACGAACUGCUAUUUGAGAUAUUACAAGAAGAGCGGCUACAGCGUAUCGACCUAGAAAAAAAGACAUCUGAUCUCGAAGAAGAGGUUAAAAAACUAAAGCAAGAAAACACACAAACGCAACAGCAACAACAACAGCUGCCAAGGACUUCCGCGCCAGAAUCAUCUACAACAACACCUACUGCUACAGCAGUAGCAGCAGCAGCAGCUACAGUAACAACAUCCCCUCCAGUUAUUACCGUACCAUUAGCAUCAUCACCACAACUACAUCAACAGGUGCUCUCUCCAUCAUCCGUCCCAAGUUCUUCGAUACGUCAAACACCUCCACUACGGCCUUCAAUACCAUCACCUGUAGCAGCAACGCAAAUACCGCAGCCACAACAGGCAGCAGCUGUGCCAACACACGAGCAUUGUCAUCAAAUGCUCCGUAAAGUCAAAGAGAAAUGGCAAGAGAGUGAAAGACAAAUGAAACGAUUGGCAAACAGUCGACAAGCGCUUGAAACCCGGGCAGCAUCAAUCUAUAAGGAAGUGGAAGAUCGAGAUGCAACAAUUGCUGAACUGAGAAAGGAGGUGGAAUUAUGGCGCCAACAUUACAAUGUUCUUUUGGAAAACUAUCAGCAGCUCAAAAGCGCUGCUUCACAGGUGGCUGGUCACAUGCCACAAUACUUCCAAUCUUCACAGCAGCAACAACAACAGCAGCAUCAUCAUCAUAUUCAUCCGCAGCAGCAACAACCAAUACAACACAUGCAUCAUCAUCCUCAACAGCAACAACCACAGCAAGCCGCCAUGUACAUUGCCACAAGCAAUGCGAAUAACAACAGUUCUCCUAAUAAUAAUACCUUACCAAUGUAUCCAACACAUCGAUAGUUACAAUGAAUAAAGCAACUACACAAAGCAUCGGAGUUGUUGAUACUUGGGAAUUUCUCACUCGCUCUGCAUGUAACCUUUUUUUUCUU